AGGUGAACUUUGACGACAACAAUCCGUUCAGUGAAGGCUUUCAGGAGAGAGAGAGGAGAGAGAGACUGAGAGAGCAACAGGAGAGACAGAGAGUGCAGCUGAUGCAGGAGGUGGAGCGCCACCGGGCCAUGCAGCAGAGACUGGAGCAGGAGCAGCAAGGCAUGCUGGGAGUUGGAGUCCCUUCAGGUCCUCGGGGGGGCGAGGGCAGUCUCUCUCAGAUGCCCUUCUUCAGCUCAGAGUUACCGCAGGACUUCCUGCAGUCGCCCCCCCCCUGCAGACCCCAGCUGUUCCCCCCCUCCUCCUCCAUGAUGUCACUUUACUCCGAUGUUCUGCCCGACGACAGGCAGAAAAAAAGAAGCCGCACCCCUUUGUCUUCUGAUGACAUCACAGCCCCGCCCACUCCCGCCAGGUCCGACACUUCCUGCUCCACGCCCCCUCGAGCCAGCCUGGACCAAUCGGAGUUCAGCUUCUCUGUAAGCCCCGCCCUAUCUGGGCUCGCCCCCUCCUCAGAGCUGGAGAGGCAGCUGUCUGUCACCCAGAGAGGCCCCGCCCCUUUAGGUCGCAUGGAGGUCAAGCAGGAGCGAGUGGAGGGAGGAUCUUGUGGGGGGGGAGUGAUAAAGAUGGAGGACUGUGGGGGGGGGGAUGGGUUUUUCUCCCCCUCUCCCCUCCAUGGUGGGGGAGACGGAGGUAAAGAGCUGCUCCGUCACCUGCUGAAAGAAAAGACCUCCCCCGAAACCCUCCAAUCACCAGGGGCCACCAGACGCCUGCCGUCCAAUGACAGCGUCCGAUCUGAGGAGGAGGAGGGACCAGGGAUGCAUGGCAACGUGAUGGACACCCCCGACUCUCUGGACCCCUCCGGCAGGAAGAAGCCCCCCCGCUGUAAGAGACUCGCCCGACCAGAGAAAGGACCUCCGAAAAACAAGAGGAGGAAGAAAGAAGAGGAGCUGCUCUCCUCCUCAUCCUCCUCCGAGCUGGUGGGGACUCACCUGCGACAGGUAGAGGGGUUACUAGAUCAUAUUGUUACUGAGAAACUAUUCAGAAUCAGAACCAGGUUUCUCACCAGGUAGGUUGACA